CCGGUGAGUACGCAAGUGUGUCUACUUGUGUGCAUUGCGGCGCACGCUCUCACUGCGCUUACGCAUUUAUCGUGCUGUCGUUUGUAUAAAUGUAGUUCUUGCCUGAAGCGUGAUCGAUUUUGAAUGCUCGUAAUCGUAGUUGUAAUAAAAAAUGUGCUUGUUCAAAGAAAAAAUAUACAUGCUUGUUUUGUCUAAUAACAGAAGGAUCAAAGUGUAAGGGUGUUGAAACUGCAUCAGACGCAAGUACCGAGAUCUAUUUCCGAGCACGAACGAUGGCCGUAUUCGUAUAGGCGUAGCUCAUUUUGUACGAAAACAUGCGCGAGCUCGGCCGCGGGGGCUCACUCGUGGCGGCCACCAUAGCCGCAUUGCACAGCCGAUCGGCCGUCGAUGUGAAACUUCGUUCAAUCACCUCUCGAUCGACCAUCGAAGAGGACUUAGACGUGUCUCGACCUUCGAGAGAAUUGAAGACGGAGGAAUUUUGUUUACGCCGGGUAUCCGAAGUGAGCGAGCGUCCCUUGUCUACUGCAUCGGAAACAUCAGAACGUGACUCGGCCUCCGUUAAUUCUAGCGAGGAGCCACCCCCACAAGAGAGCGGUGACUCGGAUAGUCCUGAUGAGACGACCGUAAAAUGUUCUACUUGGACGGAACGCGCGGGAAUCCCGGCGAGAGCAGAGUCUUCGGACUCCGAUAGUUCUACCUCAGGAGAUGAUUCCGAUGAACAUGAAUAUGAAACCGGUGGUUGUGACGCUGAUUACCGGACUCUGACACCGAACAGAGGAUUUGAUAACACGACACUUCGUGACAACGAUUUUACAUGGAUGCCGAACGCUGAUACAAUGCAUAAUCCAGACGGGCCACCUUUAGCGGGCUCAAAUGUUGUGGAUUUUUCCGCGGCCAGCUUAGACCGGAGACGGAGAACGCCGGGUGAUCGUAGUGACCGUGACAGGAAGACAAGGUCAUCGAUGACAGCUAAGCCCCCACAACAUCCGACAAGUGUACGCGCCUCGCCGCGAUCUCGCCGCUCUCCUCGAAAUGAAGAAACUCCACCCGAUUUUCAGCGGCGAUGGAAUUCAUAUGAACAUUUUCGUUAUCCUGAAGGGGGAUGGUGGCCACCACCGAUGUGCUGGUGCCACGGACCACCUGUUCCCCCGCCUUGCUGUAUGCAUGAGCGCACUUGGCCCUCACACCCAUCUCUCUCAGUAACCUCGCGUUCGUACAAGAAUGACGCCGAGGAUCGCGUGCGUCGCCUCGAAGCAGAUAAGGAGAGCUUACAGCUUCAAGUACAAGUAUUAUCUGAGCAAGUCGCCGCACAGACCGAGAAGAUGGCAGACUUGGAACGAUCUCUCCACGACACGAGACAACGACUGGACGAUACCGAGCAACGACUACAGAAGGAAAUGCUGCAACGUUCGUCGCUAGAGACCCAGAAAUUAGAACUGUUGUCGAAGUUAAGCGAAGUUCGGCUGCGGGCCGCCGAGCGAGGCCUCGUGGAGCGAUCGCCCCCGCCGGAGACUACGCCUGUCGUGCGGCCAGCUCCACCCAGGACGCCGCCGGCGAACUACGGGCGGCAGAUCGAGCGCAACACGCACGUGUACUCGUCGCUGCCGCGCUCGUCGGCGCUGAGCGCGGAGGCGCGCGUGGCGUUCGGUAAACACAACAUGGUGGUGGCGCGCGGACGCGGACACUCGGUGCCGAACCUAGCCGAGAAGGAGGACGCCGUCCCGCGCGGCAGCCCGUCGCCGUCCCUGCGCGAGGUGCGCAGCCGCCUGGGCAGCGCCAGCGUGCGCCUGGAGGGCGACGAGCUGGCGCGCUCGGCGCUGCGCGCGUCCGUGCCGCGCCCGCGCGCCGCCGCGCUGCCCUGGCAAACGACGGACGUGCGCGAGUGGGACUGCGACACGACGUGCGGCUGGCUGGAGAGCGCGGGGCUCGAGGCCUACGUGCCCGCGGCGCGCGCGUGGCUGGCGGGCGCCGCCCCCGGCGCGCUGCACGCCGCCGCGCCCGCCGCCCUCGAGCGCCACCUCGCGCUGCGCCACCCGCUGCACAAGAAGAAGAUCCUGCUGGCGCUCGCCGACCUCGCCGGCGGGCACGGCGACCCGCUGCUGGCGGCGGCGGGGCGGCUGGACGCGGCGUGGGCGCUGCGCUGGCUGGAGGACGUGGGCGUGUGCGGGCUGCGCGCCGCGGCCGCCGAGGCGGCGCUGGACGCGCGCGUGCUGCACCGCCUCACGCACGCCGAGCUGCACGCGCACCUGCGCGUGUCGCUGGCGCUGCACGCGCUGUCCGUGCGCCGCGGCAUCCAGGUGCUGCGCGAGCACCGCUUCCACCCGGAGACCAUGAUCCGGCGCGCGGCGGAGGGCGCGGCGGGGCCGGCGGCGGCGCCCGAGGGGGAGGGCGACGGGGAGGGCGCGGGCGAGGCGCAGCUGGCGCGCUGGUCGUCGCACCGCGUCAUGCAGUGGCUCAAGGAGAUCGACCUGGCGGAGUACGCGCCCAACCUGCGCGGCGCGGGCGUCCAUGGUGGGUUAAUGUUACUGGAGCCCCGAUUUACGGCAGAGCUGCUGGCUGCGUUGCUCAACAUCCCCGCGAACAAAACCUUGCUCCGACGACAUCUUACACAAAGGUUUAACGACUUGCUCGGGCGAGAUGUUAUACAGCAAAAGCGGAACGCGGAACAGACACUGGGAUAUCAACCACUUACAGCUACUACCAAAUAUAAGGUACCAAAGAAGAGCCAGUUCUCGUUAAAGCGAAAGAAGAGCAAAGACGACCUCGACCUCGGCGACCUCGUGUGCCCUCUGCACGACGACUGCUCAGGUGACCUUAUGGCCUCGCCCACGAUGAAAGUAAAGUCAGCAACAGCGGGCGUCGCGUCGGCUGUCUGUCCCCCGCGUGACGCGGCGCGCGCCCACUAGUGGGCCACCAGGGCCGCGCCCACCACGCCGCGGCGCCGCGCACGGCAGCUCUGUACCUUGGACCCACUUGUGAGUUGUAGUCUGUUCGCUUCACUCCUAUCGUUUUGAUAUUUUACUUGAACAUGUUAAAGUAUUUUUGUAAUGUUUUCGAUGUACGACAGAGGCGGGAGUGAUCUCGGAACGCGAGCUUUUUGUGCGAAAUCUUUGAAUUCAACUUAUCGAUUAUGUUUGAGUAAUGUUUUAUUUAAUUUGGCGUCGCGGACACGACGGGCGCUGCGUUCGUAACGAUGUAAACGUAUAUUAUAUUUGAGAUUUGUAUAAAAAGUAGUCGGUGAGCGCCGAGUUAUUAUUUUUGAUUAUGUACCAAAAAUCAUUGUUUCAUCAUGUGUUCUAUUGGAUUUUAGGUUUAAGGAGAAAUUAAUUUAAAUUUAUUUAAUACGACAGUAAUUAAUGAUUACGUUCUGACAAGGUACGUGUCCACCAAAACGGAGUUGGCAAAUUUUGUGUCAAAAUUUAACACCUAGAUAUCUCCAUCGAGAUUUACUUGGUAAAUAAAUAUUUUUAUUUCAUUCGGCUUUGGCUCGGUUUCGAGGGGGGGAAACCUCAAAAUAUUUUUGAUAGUUUUGUAUGAUUUCUUUUUAACAAACAUCGCUUUAAUUAAUAUUAUAAUACAUUAAAAAUAAUUAAUUAUAUUUAUAUAAUAAUAGUAAAUAUAAUUUCUAACACACACAAAAAUUGCCAACUUUUAUAAGGCAGCUUAACGAUAAAUGUAAACUAUCACAAUAUUAUAAUAAUUCGCGAUCCAGUUAUAAUUUCGGACAUAUUUAUUAAGACAUUCCAAUGAAUCUAGAUAUGAAAAUUAAACAAUAGUUUACUUUUAAUUGUCAAAAGUGUAUUCCAACCUCAGGGGAGUAAAGAUAAAUCAACGGCUUGUAUUAAAUCAUUGGUCGAGGUUUUGAAUAACCCGUGAUACUCAUUCGUGAAAAAAUGGCGUUUUGAAUGUCUGCGAAGUUAUUAUUGAAACUUUGAGAGUAUAAUCAAAGUGGAUAUAAGCAGUUAAGUGGCAUAGUGUUCUAUUAAAAGUAAAGAUAUAUUCAUCGAGGACUGUUUGAAGUGAUAUAUGGGAGAGCUUUUAGCAAAUCCAAGGCUUGUUUACCUUUAGUCCCCUUUCGAUUGGAGUACGUUACACAUUUCCUCACGGUUUUCAUAUUUUACUUCCGACUAUUUUAAAACGACUGAGAAAUGACAAUACAUACCUGGUAUCAUUUCUGCUGCUAAUGUUUCGAAAGUAAAUUAUUAUAAUAAAUUCUAAGGAUUAUAUAUUAAAGUCUGUUACUGUAGCUCAGUUUAGUAUAGUUGAGGAAAUACACGUUGAGUUUUCUAAGAGUUUUCAUUGUUAGUGUUUAAAUGUGUACCUAUUUAUAUAUCGCAGUGAAUUAGUACAUUGUAAAACAUCAUUUAAUAAUAUUUCCGACUCAGCCCCACAUCGCACAAUAUAGUGUUCAAAGUACAGCAUUUACCGAGGGUUCCGUACAAAAUGUUUGGACCAUAACAAUUGUGGAAGGACUUUUAGCUUUUAUAAUAAAUAAUCGUAUUGAAGUAGAAAAGUUUUAAACUUUACGAAGGUCCAAUAUUUUAUUUUUAAGCAAUGUCGAAACUUCACGUUUGAUACUUGGCGAGAAAAUUGUAAAAUGUUUAGUCUUAUACCAAAUUUUGGAUACGAUUUACUUAAGACUGUAUUAUGAUCCGUGAUCCUGUUCCUACCAAGCUGUGCCAAAUCUUAUAUGAAUGUUGUAAUGCGCCUCCUCGGGGGCAGUCUGCGCCCUUUUAGAAUUAAACCUCUUUCCGGUAGAGGAGCGUACUAUCUUUGGUUUCAGUUAUGUGUUACAAAUAUAAUGCUCGAAGUAUUAUUCGAUGUUCAAUUCCAAAAGGGCGCGGCAUAUAAUUUGACCUUUAUAAUGGACCCUUGUCUUCCAUAGCUUUGUAAUUGAUAAGAGUGCUAAGUAUUAAAUGGCGGGAACGUGUCCCCGCCAAAAAUCAUAUAAGCAGCUCGUUUAUACAAAAAUGUAUUAAAAUAAUUUUUACAAUAACUUAAAUAAAUAUAAAAUGUAAGAGUUAAUAAAUACUGAAUGAAUGAAUACA